AUGGGUGUGAAUAUUGAUUUGGAUGCGGAGAGGAAACUAUGCACAUUUGAUACCGAACUAUUGACGGAUUUCUUAGAUGGAGGACGCGAGAAAAAGAUUGCGAGAAGAGCUUUGGAGAACAGAAUUUUGAGUGUUCCUGGGCUUUAUGAAGGCAUCGGAGCGUAUGACGCCCUGGGACAUGAAGAAUAUUACGAUAAAUCUGUCGAAAAGGCUACAAAGCUCCUCAGUGUUUGUCUAAACGUGGAAAACCGAAUGGAAGCCAAUGUCACUCAGCUACACGGAACACUAAACUCAAAGCACCUUUUGGAAAGGGAGCACAACAUCAAACAAACGGAACUUGGACACGGAACGAAUUUGAGAGAACUGCAGACAACCGCUGAAUAUGAUCCUGAAACGCAGGAAUUCGUCUUCAACACGCCGAAGUUGGAAUCGAUGAAAUGGUGGCCAGGUGGAAUGGGGAAAACGGUCAAUUACGUGAUACUUGGUGCCCAUUUGAUAACCAAAGGACAAAACCAUGGCUUGCACACGUUCAUCGUACAGAUUCGCAGUGAGGAGGAUCACACCCCUUUGCCUGGUGUCACGGUCGGGGAAAUCGGCAGAAAGUAUGGGAUGAAUUCGAAUGAUAACGGAUAUUUGAUGCUGAAAAAUGUGCGGAUGCCGAGGAGUCAUAUGCUGAUGAGACAUGCUCAAGUUUUGCCGGAUGGAACUUAUGUGAAGCCGAAAAGCGACAAACUGAGCUACGGUUCAAUGGUUUUCUUGCGAGUAGUAAUCGCAAAAGAAAUCGGGAAGUGGCUGAGAAAAGCUGCGACGAUUGCCAUUCGGUAUUCUGCGGUGCGGCGGCAGUCUGAGAUUGAAGCGGGAACACCCUUCAUCUUGAGCACCUUAUGA